UUUAUCCAAGCUAAAGGAGGUGCCGAACUGUCCAUUGCCGGAAAAUUGGUGGUGUACCUGUACAUAUCUUUGUAUUGUUUUCCUCCAGAUCAUGGAAACUCCCAAGGAAGAACCAGAGAUGCAGAGUCACACGAUUGAGAAUUGUUAUGGGUCACGUAAGCUGGCCUACAUGAUGCUAAGUGGCAGAAGAGAGCAUGGUAUAUUUUACAUACCAGGUUUUAUGGGAGACAUGACUGACAAGAAACCAGAGUUCUUGAAUAAGUUUUGCAAAGAACAUGACUUUUCAUUCUUAAGGUAUGAUCCCACAUAUGUGGCAAAAAGUGCAGGCAGUGACCCUAUAGAAUAUAAACUGAUUAUUUCCACUUGGAUAGACGAUGCUUUGGAGAUGUUCAACCUUACAAGGGGCUCGCAGAUUAUUGUGUCACACUCACUUGGGGGAUUGAUAGCUCUUCAUUUAGCAUUGAAGCAUCCUGAGAGAGUUACUGCUUUGAUGUUAUUGGGUCCAGUGUACAACUUACAUGAAGCAGUGACAACAACCCCCACUGACAGCAAGUUAAUGGAAGGGGCAUCACAGCACAUAGGUUAUUUUAAUAUUUUAAAAUUGCUCAGGGAUGCAAAGCAGCACAAUAUUCAACUUGGCAGUAGUCUGAUAAACAUAAACUGCAGAGUAACCAUCAUUCAUGGAGAAAAAGAUGAGAUCCCGUAUGAAUUUUCUGAAAAGUUAUUCAAGGCAUUAGCAUCCACCGAGAAGACUUUAACAUUAAUUGAAUCUGGAAGUCAUUUUCUUGAAGAUGACUAUUGUCUUGAGGCAAUAAAAGUUGCUCUCUUAGACCUGGCUCAGAUUCAUGGAAAAUCUUCAUAAAAGCAGCUUUC